GGCGCGCGCUCUAGCUGGGCUAGCGAGGGGUGGCCAGGCGGCGGCGACAGUGUCAAGGUUUCCCUGGGCGGGCGCGCGAUGCAACGGGCAGCGGCACUGGUCUGGCGGGGCUGCUGCCCCCGGACCCCGGGCCCGUGGGGCCGCAGUCAGAGCAGCGCGGCCGCCGAGGCCUCGGCAGUGCUCAAGGUGCGGCCCGAGCGGAGCCGGCGCGAGCGCAUCCUUACGCUUGAGUCCAUGAACCCGCAGGUGAAGGCUGUGGAGUAUGCGGUGCGGGGACCCAUCGUGCUCAAGGCCGGCGAGAUCGAGCUCGAGCUGCAGCGGGGUAUCAAAAAACCAUUCACUGAGGUCAUCCGUGCCAACAUCGGGGAUGCCCAGGCCAUGGGCCAGCAGCCAAUAACCUUCCUCCGACAGGUGAUGGCACUCUGCACCUACCCAAACCUGUUGGACAGCCCUAGCUUCCCAGAAGAUGCUAAGAAACGAGCCCGGCGGAUUCUACAGGCUUGUGGCGGGAACAGCCUGGGGUCUUACAGCGCUAGCCAGGGCGUCAAUUGCAUCCGUGAAGACGUGGCUGCCUACAUCACCAGGAGAGACGGCGGCGUGCCUGCAGACCCCGACAACAUUUAUCUGACCACAGGAGCCAGUGAUGGCAUUUCUACAAUCCUGAAGAUCCUGGUGUCUGGGGGUGGCAAGUCCCGGACCGGCGUGAUGAUCCCCAUCCCACAGUACCCCCUCUACUCGGCUGUCAUCUCCGAGCUCGAUGCCAUCCAGGUGAACUAUUACCUAGAUGAGGAGAACUGCUGGGCCCUAAAUGUGAACGAGCUCCGGCGGGCCUUGCAGGAGGCCAAAGACCACUGUGACCCCAAGGUGCUGUGUAUCAUCAACCCCGGGAACCCCACAGGUCAGGUACAAAGCAGAAAGUGCAUAGAAGAUGUGAUUCACUUUGCCUGGGAAGAGAAGCUCUUUCUCCUGGCUGAUGAGGUGUACCAGGACAACGUGUACUCUCCUGACUGCAAAUUCCACUCCUUUAAGAAGGUGCUUUAUGAGAUGGGGCCCGAGUACUCCAGCAACGUGGAGCUUGCAUCCUUCCACUCUACCUCCAAGGGCUACAUGGGCGAGUGUGGCUACAGAGGAGGCUACAUGGAGGUGAUCAACCUGCACCCCGAGAUCAAAGGCCAGCUGGUGAAGCUGCUGUCCGUGCGACUGUGCCCGCCAGUGUCCGGGCAGGCUGCCAUGGACAUCGUCGUGAACCCCCCAGUACCUGGAGAGGAAUCCUUCGAGCAGUUCCGCAGGGAGAAAGAGUCUGUCCUGGGUAAUCUGGCCAAAAAGGCUAAGCUGACAGAAGACCUGUUUAACCAAGUCCCCGGAAUUCAUUGCAACCCCUUGCAGGGCGCUAUGUACGCCUUUCCUCAGAUCUUCAUCCCCAGAAAGGCCGUGGAAGCAGCUCAGGCCCAUAAAAUGGCCCCGGACAUGUUCUACUGCAUGAAGCUCCUCGAGGAGACCGGCAUCUGCGUCGUACCAGGCAGUGGCUUUGGGCAGAGGGAAGGCACCUACCACUUCAGAAUGACCAUCCUCCCUCCAGUGGAGAAGCUGAAGACAGUUCUACAGAAGGUGAAGGACUUUCACAUAAAAUUCCUGGAGAAGUACGCAUGAGGACUGCUCAGACCCAAAGGGAGACCCGCUUGUCAGGCCUUCCUCCUGAUGCCCACCCACGCCAGACUGAACUUGCCUUCCCCAGCGACUCUGCCUCAGGCCUCACAAAGGUCACUGGUCGCUUUCGUUGUCAUUUGCCCCAAGAGACUUCUUUCUUUGUGCCUUGAUGUUGGGAGCACUUCUCUUCUGAGCAAUGUGAUUGGGGAUAUCUCAGAAGUCCUGUUUUUUUGAAGCAACCAAAGUAGAGGGGACUUGCUCAGCACAUGUGGCCGGCGUUCUCUGAAUCCGUUGUUGUUGCUUUUGGGAAAGGUCCUUUGGGGUUUAAAACAACCAGGGUAUGUUGGGCGAGAGAUGUUUCAGAUCUGAAGAAGUAAGAAAGUGUUGGGAAAUGUAUGACAGUCGUGGCGAGGACUGGAAAUCCUAAACUCACCACCAUGAUCUGUGAAAUAAAACCCUUAGUGGUGUGAAAAUCUAGUUCUUCAAACAGGAGAGCCUGGAAGUCCACUGGAGGCUCAGAAAGGGCCCACCAUUCUGGCCUGCAGGCAGGUGGCCUGUCUCUCAGGCAAGAAUGGUGCAGGCGGGGUGGGACUGGAUGCCAGGCUAGGUUGUGACAGGUACUGGGGGCCACGGCCAAGGUCAGCGGGUCCUGCAGGGGAAGAGUGGGUGCGAACCAGGUCUCCACGUGGGAGCACGCAGCAGGUAGAGAGGACUCUGCACAUAGAGCAGUAGGUAGUGAGGGCUUCGGGGGUGAAGGGUUCUCUUAGGCGUGCUUAGGCUGGGACCCCCGUCUGAGAGGACUCCCUGGACUUCGGGGACGCAGGGUACAGCCCAGCAAUAUCCCCAUCAUGUGGAGGGAUUCUGCCUGCCGACGUGUGAAUCCAUCCUGCUGUCAGCCAACAACCGGUCUCUACCAAGGGCUCAUUGAGCCUUUACACACAUCGCCCCCUGUUGGUGACAGCAGGGAUAAGGAAACACUGAAGAUGUCCAGAUGAGGGAGGGGGCAUCCUCAAAGACUUGACCACAGUCAAGCCCUCACCACCAGCCCCAUCCUGUAGUGUCUUGUUGUUUCAAACUGAAUUCAGCCCAUUUCCUAGCUCAUAAUCGGUCAAAGUGCCUGGUAGCUUGGCUGCUGUGGACGAGUACAUGUAAUUGGAUUCGAAGUUUAUCCAAGUAUCUUAAUGCCAAGUGUUUCGCCUCCUCGUUUGCUGCUGGCUUCCCUCCCAGACUCUGCAGACUGUCCUGGGAUAUCAGUCCUCUCUCCAGCCGGGGGAGUAUCCUCCACCAAGCCUGCCACUUUCCUGGCAUUAGCAAACCUGGGUGGGGUCCUGACCGACACUCCCAAAACGUGGGUGCUCUGGGAAGAGCAGGCUUCUCUGAGAGCCCCCUCCUACCAGUGGCCUUCCUCAGUAGGCAGUGGGGGAAGCCAAGGCCCGCUCAGGAGCCCGGGGACCCAGCGAGUCCCAAAUUGGAAUCGAAGGAGCUAGAGAGACAAAUACGAAGAGGCGUGAGCUUUGAAGGCAGCCUCCUAUGCUGUAAUCUCUGUGUUGGGCCCAUGUAGGGGAAGGCGAUAGGAGACUACAGACUGUCCCUACUUCCUAGCAUUACAGCCCCUGUGAAGAAAGUAGCUACAAUCUCAAGUAACAAACGGAACGUUCGGGAACUUUUCCUUAAAAAUUGAGAAAAUUGCACUUGUGCUUGUUGGAUGGUACAUAAAACAGAAUGUGUCCCGGAGUCGUGAGGUUUCUGGUGGAGAGGUUACAUAGUAGAAGCUAGUCUAUUUUUUAUAUUUUUGUAACAAUUGCUUUUUUCAUGGGGGGAUAAGGGGGCUACUAUUUGUAGUCUUAACAAGUCCAGUAGUUUUUUAUGAAUCUCUUCAGAUUAUAAAUAACACCUAAAAACUUUGCACCGUUUACAAGACUUUUUAAAAAGACGCUGUAUGCACUUGGUUUGCUUUAAAGUAAAUAAAAACAUAAGGUCAGCUGA